CUUUUCAUGCUAAUACCUCAGAGUCAGGGCCUAAAUUAAGCCUGUGGGCUCUCUUGGCGUCCAUCUUUGGGAUCUGGUUGUUUGUUUCACCCCCCCCUUCCAUGCCUAUGCACUUCAGGGCCGGGGUAGUCAGCAGACCACGUGCGUGGGGAAAGAUGGAGCCCUCCCGUGAUCUGUACUUCUGUAUCAGCCACCCCAGGGAGUAAUGGAGAUAGCUGAAUUUAGCUGGCAGGGAAUGUGUUUUUCUGAGCAUAAACACUUCAGGUCCUUAGCUACUUCUUGAAUGUUCUUUCUUUUUUUUGUCUUUCCCCCCUACCAGAUGGGUGACCUUCAGCUUUGUAAGGUAGAUGAACUCGAUUGCCUUAUUAAAGGAGUUCUGUACAUUGAUUCAGUUGGAUUCAAUGGACAUUCAGAGUGCUACUAUUUUGAAAACCCGACGGAUGCUGAAAGAUGUCAGAAGCUCCCAUUCAACUUGGAGAAUCCAUAUCCUCUCCUUUUGGUGAACAUUGGCUCGGGGGUCAGCAUUUUGGCUGUGUACUCAAAAGAAAACUAUAAACGGGUAACGGGCACCAGCCUUGGAGGGGGAACCUUUUUCGGUCUCUGCUGCCUUCUCACCGGUUGCUCCACCUUUGAAGAGGCCCUGGAGAUGGCAUCCCAUGGAGACAGUACCAAAGUGGACAAACUAGUGCGGGACAUCUACGGCGGAGACUACGAGCGAUUCGGAUUGCCAGGCUGGGCUGUAGCAUCCAGCUUUGGGAACAUGAUGAGCAAGGAGAAGCGGGAAUCCGUCAGCAAAGAGGACCUCGCGAAGGCUACUUUAAUAACCAUCACUAACAACAUCGGCUCCAUAGCACGGAUGUGUGCGCUUAACGAGAACAUCAAUCGAGUGGUGUUCGUUGGCAAUUUCCUUCGCAUCAAUACAAUUUCCAUGAGGCUUCUGGCGUACGCUUUGGACUACUGGUCGAAGGGGCAGCUGAAAGCACUUUUCUUGGAACAUGAGGGUUAUUUUGGCGCGGUCGGCGCUCUUCUGGAACUCCUGGAUUCAGCCUGACGCGGGGCGGGCUCUGGACGUGGGACCCACGGAGUCGGGGCGCUUCCUGGGUCACAGAGCCCACGUCUCGCUUCAAAGCCUCCGAUCACUGACCGCUCAACUUAACCCUGGGGGGCCCUCAUCCGAAAAGGAGAGGGCUCCUGGCGUUCAGUCCGUAAACCGUUGAAACCCAUCUU